CAGGCUGAUCACGGCAACAUGUUUUUCCUGUUCAGCCCGGGAUAGAGAGUCAAAGUGUUUCCACUUAAAGCUGCUUUCUUUUUCUAGCUCAGUCGCUGUAGGAUGAAAAGCUACAGACGUGAAUUGUGAAUAAGCUUAUGAACGCUUUCAGCAUAUUAAUGAGCUUCCCGCGAAAUGAUGAUCAAAGAUGGCGCCUUUGUGUAAGAAUCCUCCUGAAAAAUAACAGACUUUUAAAAUUCAUGCUUCUUAUUUCGAUGGCUCUUAUCGCUUGUCUUCACCUCGUUAUCUUACCAUCCGCUAGUGGAGGUUACAACGACGAAUGCUUCAUGCCUGAUGAUAAGCGCCGAAUUUUGCGGAUUAUGGUUCAGAAUAUUUCGAAGGCAUUCAACAAACAUGGCGUUCAGUAUUGGCUUGAUUAUGGUGAGUUUCCUGCUCCUAGUAGAUUUAAGCCAAGUUUAGCAGUUCCAAGGAACUUAUUAAAAAGGGUUCAGAGUGAAGUGUCGAAAGAGCUAGAAAGUGAAAUUUUAAUAGCAGCUGAAUGUCACUGAGUUAAACUGUUUAAGCUUACAUUGCGAUCACAGAACCUUAAGACCUACCAAACUGAGCUAUCAGAUUAAAAAAUCUCGUCUUUCUAACAUAAUUUGGGUCAAUGUAGAAUUAAUAACUAUUAAUGUUACAACUAAGAACUAAAAUCGCAGAAUUUUUCGAAUCUCAGUUUUUACUUCGCUCGAAGUUACCGACUGCGAUUUCGUGACUUUAAUAGGUGCGAGUCACGCAAGACUUGCAGAUCGAUUGAGAAGGUCUUCCUAAUAAAAAUCGUUAAAAACAAAACUGGUCUGGAUCAACUCAUAUAUAUUUUGAAGAACGAGGCAUAAUUAACAGGGAAUUGUCAUUACUUGAAUUGAAUGAAGGCUUGCAAUAAGUUUGCUUGAAAUAUAAAAUCGGGAAUCUGGAAUCCUGGAAUUGAGAAUCCGGAAUACAACAUGUUUUAACCUUCUAUUGAAAUUAAAAUAUGCUUCAAAAGGCAAGAACUAGUUCUGGCUAAGCCAGGGACAAAAGUGUAAAAUAAAUUUUGUUUUUAAUUAGGUCUAGGUUUAUACUUAACUAAGAUUCAUUAAUAAGAGCAGAAUUUUAAACGAUUUUAUAUUUGGCGCUGAUUUUUUUUGCGUGCGUUCAUAAAAUGAUACUAGGGACUUUAAGAUAGGUCACUACGGUAGGCUGGGACGGUUGGAUGCGUAUACGGGCGGCCUGGGGCCAUGACGGUAAGAGGCCGCGAAAAUUUUCAAUUUAAGAUCGGACAACAAAACAGGACGGUGAAGUCAUGUGCUAAACCCGCUCGUCAUUUCUUUCGCAGAAGGCUCAAUUACUGAAGAAGAGUUUCUUAUUUUAUACGAAGAAUACCAAUCAGAGGAAUAAGGGUACAAAUUAAAGCUAGCUAGUUUUCAAAACUGUAGUCGAUGUUUUUAUUUUGAACUUUCCUUUCCUCAGCCAACACCUUUUGAGUUAUAAAGAAAUCUUUUCUUGGUAAAAAUACAGUUUUAAGUUGUAAAAAAGACGGCUACAGUCAUCACUGUUAGGCCCAGUUGAAACGUCGAACUUCUCAUGUGCCGAACCUUUUAAAGCACAAAUUACUAAAAUUUAUUUUCACUUGUUUAAAGCAUUCUAGACCAUUGAACAUCGUGAAUCGAGUUCGACUACACUUUAAGUUCGACGCCUGAAUCAACCUCGAACCAUUUGGGUCGACCUAAAUAGGUAUUAAGUUCGGUACAUGAAAAGACCAACGUUUUAACUGGGCCUUACCUUUCUUUUCGGCAAUUUUCCUCAGCCAUGGCGGACGACACUAGGUAGAAAACAAGCAGUCGCCAUGCGGCCGCGAGCUAAGUUAUGAAUGAACUCAGACAUUUUACUUUUUUUUUUCAUUUCACCGAUAGGUAAAUCAAUGAAAACACAAGCCAACGUAUAUUUAACCCAUUGGCUACUCAGUUUUAGAAGAAAAGUGACAAUAAGUAUGCAUGAACUCUUAUCGGUUUCACCGUUGUCUUCACGACGAGAAACCCGGCGAAAACAUACCGUCCCAGAAGGACGACGGUAAAAGGUCACGCGUGUUUUGCGUGACGUGACAUCUAUCUAACCGUCCCAGGCGACCGUAGUCACCUAUCUUAAAGUCCCUACUAUCUUUUACAGUGGAGCCCCUGCAAAACCUUCGUUAAUACGACCUUGAUUCCAUUCUUAGAAGACGAAGACGACUACGCGGACGACUGAGAUUUCAUUUGGAAUUUUUUUUGUUUGUUUUUUUUUGGUUUUGCAUAUUCUAAGAAAAUUGUCAUUUCGGAAAGCUUCAUUUGCCUUUUUUUUUCCACAAAAAAAUUUGCACGGUUAUUUUUUGAAGGAGGUUAAGCCAUCUCCUAAUCGAGAAAUGAUAAAAGAAUCUAACGAUCAAAAACUUGCUUCCGCCAAUACGACGUUUUCGCUAAAACUUGUAGUAGAAAAUCAUGACUUGACGGCUAAUGCGUUUUUCCAAACAACGAUGAUUCACAAAUGCGCACUACUUAGAAUUAAGAAAAUAUCGGAAAAUAGAGACCUUUAGAUUCGAGGACGAGAACCCUGGAGAACGACUACGAGUACGAAAUUUGACCGAGUACAAAAAAUUGACUUUCUGGAAAGCUUCAUUGUACUCCAGGGGCGUAGCUAGGGGAGGGGGGGGGGGAGUCCUGGGGUGCCCGGGACACCCCCCUUGCUAGGCCUUUUUUUGAGCAAACAACCUACAAUAUUCAGGUGGCGAAAACGCCAUGACAAUAUCUUGGCCGUAAAAGCCAUUGUUAAAAAGCCCACUUUUAUAAAAUUUGUUUUUUUGUAAAGUAUUUUCGUCAACGGCUCUUGUCUUUAGUUAACAUGGGCCUUCCUGCCCGCUGAUACACGAGGGAGAGCAGCGGUAUAAACCAUAUAUAGUGGGUGAUCCCCGGAUGGUGAUCUGGUGAGUCGCCUCUGUGACCCCCCUUGAAAAAUCCUGGCUACGCCCCUGUACUCUUGAUUCACCAGAAACGUUAGCGCUGUCAUUUUUAUUGACGGAGGUUAAGCCCUCACCUGAUGGCAAAAUGAUCAAACUUCAAACAUCCACCACUACGGUAUUCACGCUAAAACUCGUUGUAGGCUAAGACGACGGCUAUCACGUUCUCCUGCCAAAAUAGGGACUUUAAGAUCCAACGACGCGACGGCGACGAGAACGUCGCUUAAAAAGUGAAUAUGCGUUCCUUCAGUCUCAAUAGCGAUUAUUCCUACUCACUUACUUUGCCAAAUGUAGGCGAACCUUCCUGAAGCUGAAUUUCAAGGGACCAUAGCCAAGUUUACAAAAGGAAAUAAAAUUUCGUCGUUGAUUGUUAACGUCCUCCACGAAACGAAAAUUAGGCAUUUUCACGCCGUAGUUGUGCAAAAACAGGAAGGAAAUCACUAAGAAUUGUACAAAAGAGCGUGAUGCACGUACAAAGUUGUUGUUUUACUUAUUAAACCAAUUGUUUUUGUGACGUUCUCGUUGCCGUCCGCGUCGUUGAAUCUUUAUAAAGUCCCUAAUGACUUUGGCUCGCGCUCGCGGACUAAUUAGUAUUGAGAAAACCUCGUACUCGUUCUCGUCUUAGAAUCUAAAGCUCUCUAAUAAAGGUCUCCAUUACGACACACAGCUACCUUUUUAAGUCCCCUGUUAUCAUGUUUACAAUUCUAUGUCGUGUGCGCACCCUGUUUUCGACGCAUCACUGUUACUAAGGCCAUUGGGGACCCUCGACGUGUUCAGGAACAAGUGUCGCCCUCCUGUUCAGCACUUGUUUCCGAACAUUGUGAGGCUUUUAGACAUAAAUUCUUGCCUGAAGAUCUCAAGUGCUGACAGGAAAGAACCACAGUGACAAACGCCGGGUUAGGGAGACAUUGCAAAAUUUGAUAAACUAUUCCAGCAUUGACGAGGGAUUGUAUACUUGUUUGCCGUCCGAAAUAGGGUCAGGGGCUCGUUUCUCGAUAGUCCCGAUAAUUAUCAGGCCUGUAAAACUUACAAGGAGAUACGAGGAACGGGCUCCAGGAUUGGAGAACAGUGCGGUGGAUCCCUAUGAAGAACACUCAGGAUUAACUACCCACCCCACCCACCUAGUGAUUAUGAGGUCAAAAUAUUUACCUAAGUUUUUACUAAUUUAUUUUUGUAUUGUUAUUGUAGGGACACUUCUUGGUGCUUACCGCACGGGUGAUAUUCUCCGUCAUGAUCACGAUGCGGAUAUUUCACUUUUACUAAGCUCAGACCCAGGAGAGGCGUUCCGCGAUUUAGCAAAGAUAGGUAUCGUUGCAAAUGGCUUGGUGGCGAAACUCGGACCGGUGUCUCUUGACUUUGUAAGAUGGAAACCUGUAAACACAACGAUUCACGGGAAAACCGAGGUCAUGUUGCACAAAUUUUAUCCUUCAUGGGUAAAGGAUAAUAUGGUGGUUAGGUAUCAUCAUAAGUUAGAGACUUUUCCUCAAUCAUGGGUGAUACCUUCACAGAAAAUUAAAUUCCAAGGAGUUGAUGUAGCUGUUCCUAAUCCCCCAGAAAGGUUAUUGUCCUUCAGGUAUCCUUACACCUUUGGAACGUUUGGAGUCCAGUUUCCUUAUAAGUGGAAGUGCUGGGUUCCCUGUUUGUUAAGAAAGAGCGUUGGGUGCUAAAAAUGUUGGUGCCCUGUGCUUCUGAUUAUGAUCGGACGUUUACCAUCAGAGAAACAGAAUGUUAUGCGGGGCUGAUAUGUGUGCAGUUUGCAAUCAGUACAAUGAAGACUCUAGCCUGCGAGCAAGCUACCCUCCCAACAAGGAUCGUUUGCUUCGAGAGUGCUCGAGGACAAUGAACUUGUGGGACACACUUGAAACAAUGAGAAGACACGCAAGGCUCUCCACUAUGUACAAGAUGUGCCACGGCCUCCUAGAUGGGGACUGGGGGGAUUAUUUGAAAAUAAGCAAAGAAAGGAGAACCCGGGGAAGCCAUGAUUUUAAAUUUAUUGUACCGAAAGGACAUAAAGAUAUUUUUAGAUUUUCUUUUUUUCCCAGGACAAUAACUGAAUGGAACAAACUUCCAGAAGGAACUGUUUCCAGCCAAUCCCUCUGUAUUUUUAAAAGCAAACUAAUUUAGUUUUCUUUUUAUCAGUGGUUUUUUAAUAGUUUUUAAUAGUUUUUUAAUAGUUUUUUAUAGUUUUGUAUAUUCUGGUAUAGUUUUAUUUAUUAUUAUCUUAGAGUUGGCGUGAUGUCCCAAACGAUUUUGCCGACAUAACGAUAUUUAGAUUUAGAUUUAGAUUUAGAUAAAUCCAACACCCUAACCAGGAGCCCACGGCUCCUACCCUAGCGUAAAAGUAUAAAUGUCAGAACGAAAUCCUAUGUCCAAAUAUGAGCAUACUUGUAGAAUACAGUGGAACUCCGCCAUGACCACCUUGCUUCCUGGGGCCGACAUCUCUAUGAAAAUGACUCUUACAGGUAAUAGCAGUUUUAUCUCACUUGUGGUGUUCAGAAUAUCCUGGUUGACACAGGUUUAUAUCUCGCGUGUGGCGAUCGACUGCAUCAGAGAUGUUUCGGCCGCAAGUCGACACCUGAAGGCCGAAGAGACAAACGGUGAAGGAAAAAAAAACUUACUUUUCGCUCGUGUCACUAUAAAGAUUUGACAGAAACCGGAAACCCGCGCAUGAGAAGUCCCUGGCACCCAGAGUGUGCUCUAGUCUCUUUUGCAGCCGUUUUUGUCUCGUCACUCAACGCUCCUCUCAAUUUUCGCGUGACGAGACAAAAACGGCUGAGAGACUAGGUAUGUUUAGGUCGGAAAGCUGAUAUUUUAACCUAUAAAGGCUAUCGCUCAUAAAGAAAUAUCC